UAUAAUUCGUGCAUCAUCUCCCUUUUCGGAAUCCAAACUGAAUUUCGCUCAGACCUUUCUCUGCAGUAGGUCUUAUCCGCUGUUCCUAGUCCCCCAGUCACUGAUAUCAUAAAUCCGCCAUGUUCCUUCUCUACAGGGCAGCUGGGCUUCAGCCUGACAGGACUCGACACGAAGGACGCCGCCGAGCAACUUUCCUCCUUGAUGGGCGGGACUGGAGGGGCUGGGCAAUCACAAGGGGGCGGAGUCUCAGGACAGAAGGCGGGCUUCCCAGACGUCUCUCAGAACCUGUACGGCCAGAGCCACAGCUUUGGAGGUUCUGGUGUUGGUGGUUCUGGAAGUGGUGGUAGUGGUGGUGGUGGUGGUGGUGGCUCGAGUUUCUACAGUGGCACCGCAAACAUGAUGGCUGGUGCCAGGAGCGACGGUUUCAUGGAUAACGGUUUUGGCUUUGGCCCGAUGACGCAAGCCAGUAUGGGAGUGGAGGCCAAAGGUGACUCUUCUUCCGACGGCAGGGAUAAAGGGGGAGACUCAGCCACUCACGGGAAGCAACAGUCUUCCUCCUCCUCCUCGUCUUUAUCAUCAUCAUCAUCAUCUAGCUCUUCGUCUUCUUCGUCUACUUCAGACAACGGUUUCGGUUUUCCGUCGAAUCUCAACUUCCAGUCAGGUUUCGAUUUUAGCAAGCUGUUGAGGCCGAACAAAGUGAUGGGUGCUGGUCUGCAAGCAGGGGGUGCGACUUCAAACACCGAUCAAAACCAGGGUUCCAAAAGUACCGGCUCUGUUGAAACCACAUCACCGGGGAGCGCCGAGAGCACGAAUGGCGGGCCGGACCCGCUAACCAGACCCAUCCUCCAGGGCGAGUCCGGGGCUGUGAGUGACCCCGACCUGGAAGCCCAUCAGCCUGGUCCGGGAGCUGAGGCUGGGGAGGGAACGCGGGAGACUACUCCCAUACCGUCGGGGAAUCUUAACGGCUGCUCCGCCUUUCCCAAGACCUGUCCUAUGACGUGCCUGGUCAUCGGCCCUGGUGGCUGUGUCCAGUGCUCCUGUUCGGCAAACAACGCAGUUCACAACAAAAGGGCGACAACCACAGAGUCGUCAUCCCAGGAAGGCAAAAAUGGCGGGAGGCCACCGAGAGGUCAAGGACACAGCAAUCCUAACGGUGUAUCUUUCCUGGGCUCCUCCUCCGCCAAUAACAACGGCUGUCCGGCCAUACCACGUAACUGUCCACCCAGCAAACUCCGGAUGGACAUGAACGGCUGUAUCGUCUGUGCACAAAGUUAGUCCGCUGCCUCACUGCGGUAGUUACACCUACAGUUGUACCUAAACUAUCAAUACAGAUAGUUGACCUCGCCCUGACAUCUUCCCAAACUGACCUGAGUAAAGUAACCCCUAGUGCCCAUAAGAAAUAAAUUUCUGCAUUAAAGUAUUUACUCUCUACACUGUUGUAAAAAGAAAAAGCAAUAUGAAUAAAAAAUUGUAAGUAUAAUUUGACUCCCACCACCCUCAGUUUCCCCCCUCCCCCCUUCCAGUAAAACCAACAACAAAACAAACUAAAACCCAAAAGCAAAACAAAAGCAACCAAACUUUGGAAUAAAUCCCAACCUUUUGUUAUGAACACUUCAUGGGAUUAAACAUGAACCAAGGGGCCCUAAAUAAUUCAUUGCUAAGGGCGUAAUGAACACAUAUGUAUGUCCAAUCGCAGAUUACCAAUAACAAUGCUGCUGCACAUGUUGAACCAUGACACACAAAUACAGAACACGAAUUAGUACAUUUUAUAGCGUGCCUGUUAUUGCCUGCCGUUUCAAGUUUUAGAUAUUAGAAUCGGAAUAGGAGAAUCUGAAUUAACAACGAAGCUAUGCAUCUUUUUUUUAAAGUUAUCCAAAAGAGCGUAACUUCAAGUGUCAUCGAAUGGUCUGAAUGCUCGGCCUUAAAGAGAUGGUCACUCAAAGUUAGAGCUUACGAGAAACAUAAUCUUGUAAUGAUCAUAUUGGCGUGAAAGAUAUCACCAGCGUCUGUGGUGUAGUAGUAAGGCACUUCGUAGUCAUACGCAAGAGACUCGAGUUCAAUUCCUGAGUGAGGACAAUUUUUAUCUAUCUUCUGCUGGGAUGUGUAUCCCUCUCAGCCCGGAUUGGCCCUGACAGGCAGGGUCGGAGCCUACCUCCUUAAUGUUGUACUACAUUUUUUAAAGAUAUCGCCUUUGUUCCAACCAAUCUAUGUGGGUUAAUCACAAAUUUGUGACAACUUGAGUGAGAAACAUGUUGUAUUUCUUGUGUUAUCAUAAGGACAAUAAAUAGUUGUGUGGUUUAU